AUGGCGGCUUCUCUUACCUCACCACAGGCCGGAGAUCUGCCCGCCUCUUGUCUGCACACUCUGCACUACGACUCCAUUAUUGCUGAUGCCUGCGCCUACAACCGGCGUCUUUUCAAGGGCCGCGAAAGCAGGCCGCCAUUUUUCGAUCUUGCCACCCAGAUUACUCAACGUCCGGCACCCUGGCUUCAGCGCAACAGUCAGGGCGGUUUAAAACUAAGCCUGCCUCCUCCUACUGAUGAACUAAUACUGACCACUACACAGGUUUGUCAACGUCGAGGUCCCAGUUCGUCCUCGUUUACCGGCGUCACCGGUGGCGGCUGCAACCUAGGCGGCCGGCCUGCAAGCAGCGAACGCGCCUGGUGGAUGGAAUAG